UUCCAUUUCCCUCCCUCUCUCUCUCUCUCUGGAUUUGAGAGAUCAUGAUCGGGAGAGAGAUUUUUCUCUCCGAUUCUUCGAUAGAGUCCGAAAAGAAUCUCUGAAAAUCUCGAUUCCUUUAUUUGAUUCCUCCGUUUUUUCUUUCUUGGUUUUUUUUCGAUUGCCCGUGAAACAGCGUGAUCGUGAAUGGGGAAACCGAUAGGGAAGAAGAAGAACCCGGACACGCCGACCGCUGUCGCCGGCAGGACGGGAAAAACCUACGACCGUUCUGCGUCGAAAGCGUUCGAUGAGGACAUGGAGAUCUUCAUCAACAGGGCACAAGAGCUGAAAGAAGAAGGGAACAAGCUGUUUCAGAAACGCGACAACGAAGGCGCGAUGUUGAGGUAUGACAAAGCCGUAAAGCUUUUGCCCAAGGAUCAUGGCGAUAUAGCUUAUCUGAGAACGAGCAUGGCUUCUUGUUAUAUGCAAAUGGGAUUGGGUGAGUACCCGAACGCGAUUAACGAAUGCAAUUUGGCUUUGGAGGCUUCCCCUAGGUAUAGUAAGGCUCUAUUGAAGCGAGCUCGCUGUUACGAGGCUUUGAAUAAGCUUGAUUUCGCAUUUAGGGAUUCACGUGUUGUCUUGAAUAUGGAGCCUGAGAAUGUUUCUGCCAACGAAAUCUUCGAGCGGGUGAAGAAGGUGUUGGUGGAGAAGGGUAUUGAUGUUGAUGAAAUGGAGAAGAAUUUGGUCAAUGUGCGGCCCGUUGGGGCGGCUCGGUUGAGGAAGAUUGUGAAGGAGAAGUUGAGGAAGAAGAGGAAGAAGAAUGCAGAGAAGGAAGAGGAGCAGAAGAGUAGUAAUGAUAAUGCAAAUCUUGACAGAGGAGUGGAAGCAGAGAGGAGGGGUAAGAGUGGGGUUGAUGGAGAAAAGGUCGAGGAGAGUAAGACUGAUGGAAAGAUGGGCGACAAUGGAUUGGACAAGAAGCCAAUUAUCGAGGGCGAUAAAGGACAUAAGAAGAGGAAUCGUAAUCGUUCGGGAGAGGAGAAGAAGCUGGAGGAUAAGGUUGUUGUUCAGGAGAAAAAAGUGAGUCUUGUCAUGGACAAAGAGGUCAUUGCCUCAGACAUUGUUGAUGGAAGAGCAGGGUCAAAGGAGGAGACAACAGUAACGAGAACCGUCAAACUUGUACAUGGGGACGACAUAAGGUGGGCACAGUUGCCGCUGGAUUCGAGUGUGAAAUUGGUAAGGGAUGUAAUCAACGACCGGUUUCCUGGUCUGAGGGGUUUCCUUAUUAAAUAUAGGGAUCCAGAGGGCGAUUUGGUUACAAUUACCACAACAGAUGAACUGAGGCUGGCUGUAUCUUCGAGAGACAAACUCGGUUCCUUCAGAUUGUAUAUUUCUGAAGUUAGCCCUGAACAAGAACCAAGAUACGAUGGCAUGAAUAAUGCAGAACCGACCGAGAGGGUUGCCAAGAAAUCGAGUAGUGUCGCCGAUAAUGGAAGUGUCGGGGAAAUUGUGGAGUCUGACAAAGCGUCUACUUGCAUAGAGAACUGGAUUUUCCAGUUUGCUCAAUUGUUCAAGAACCAUGUGGGUUUUGAUUCUGAUUCUUACCUGAACCUUCAUGACCUUGGGAUGAAGCUGUAUACAGAAGCAAUGGAAGACUCUGUCACCGGUGAUGAUGCACAAGAGCUCUUUGAAAUUGCCGCUGACAAGUUCCAUGAAAUGGCUGCGCUAGCCAUGCUUAACUGGGGGAAUGUUCACAUGUCCAAGGCAAGGAAGCAGGUCUCCUUCCCUGAGGACAGUUCAAAAGAAGCGAUACUGGAAAGAGUAGAGGCCGGAUUUGAGUGGGCACAGAAUGAGUACAACAAAGCUGCAGAAAGAUACGAAGAAGCAGUAAAAAUUAAACCCGAUUUUUACGAAGCUCUACUAGCACUUGGGCAACAGCAGUUUGAGCAGGCAAAGCUUUGCUGGUACCAUGCACUCCGCGGCAAGAUUGAUCUGGAAAGCGAGGUUUCCCAGGAUGUUCUGAGGCUAUAUAACAAGGCUGAAGAGAGCAUGGAGAAAGGUAUGCAGAUCUGGGAAGAGGCGGAAGAACGACGUCUAAAUGGAAUUUCCGAUUUUGAUAAACAUAAAGGUCUGUUGCAGAACUUGGGGUUGGUUGGACUUUUUUCUGAAGCAUCAGAUGAAGAAACUGCAGAGAAAACUUCGAAUAUGAGUUCCCAGAUUAACCUCUUAUGGGGUUCGUUGCUGUAUGAGCGGUCCAUUGUGGAGUAUAAACUCGGGCUACCGACUUGGGAAGAAUGUUUAGAGGUUGCAGUUGAGAAAUUUGAACUGGCCGGAGCUUCUGCAACUGAUAUAGCUGUGAUGAUAAAGAACCAUUGUUCAAAUGAGGGUGCACUUGAAGGUAUGGGAUUCAAGAUCGAUGAGAUCGUACAGGCAUGGAAUGAGAUGUAUGAUGCAAAGAGAUGGCAGAUCGGUGUCCCGUCUUUCCGGCUAGAACCCUUGUUCCGGAGACGUGCCCCAAAACUUCAUGAUAUCUUAGAGAAUGUGUACUCAGGGCUUCAGUGAUUGAAGAGUUCUCUUAUACACAACAGAAAAACACACAAAGAUUUCAGCUUGCAUCAAUUCUUGUUCACCACUAGGGUAUCGUUUUUGUUUUGGGAUCGGUAUACAUUUCUCUCCUCCUCGGGUUUGGUUUGCAAAGGAAAAGAGAGCAUCUCGGUCUUCUCCCUCAGCCUGCGACUGCUGCUCGUUGCUGAUUCUUUUUGUUCAUAUUGAUUCAAUAUAUAUAUGCAUCCAUUCUUUCGUGUUGAGUAUUCUUUUUGAUUGGUUAAUAGUGUUUGGAGAAAUCUUGUAUGCAAAUUGUGAUUGUUUCAUUUGUGUCAGGCAAGAGGUGAAACCUUUGUUGUUCAUCGUCUUGUCUAUUCAUUUUGGUCUCUUCAGAUUGUACACUGCAUAUUGUUUUUGUUUUCUGAAAGUGAUCUGUGUGUUGUUUGUCGUGCCA